AGGGGGCUGGGCCGGGCCCGCCUGGCCGGGCAGAGAUGGGAGGAGGGGGCCGUGUUGGCUGCAGCUCGCCUUCCGCCGCGCCCUCCGCGCCCUAUGCCGGCCGCGCGGCUGUAGGAGCCGGAGCCUGCCGAUCUGCCUGCCUGUGGACCGCGCAGGGCCAGAGGCCCGAGGCCCGUCCGGAAGGCCCCGCCGACCUCCGUGCGCCGCGGGCUGCACUCGUGGCUUUUACCUAAUCUUCAGGCUUUUCCUUUGGAGUGGGGGAAGGAAUAAUGUUGUCAGCAUGUCUGCACACUCCAUGCUCUGUGAAAGAAUCGCCAUAGCCAAGGAACUGAUCAAGAGAGCAGAAUCACUUUCGAGAUCAAGAAAAGGUGGCAUAGAAGGUGGUGCAAAGCUAUGCAGCAAACUGAAGGCAGAAUUAAAAUUCUUACAGAAAGUAGAAGCUGGAAAAGUAGCUAUUAAGGAAUCUCAUUUACAGAGCACUAACCUAACACACCUAAGAGCCAUUGUGGAAUCAGCAGAAAACUUGGAAGAAGUUGUUAGUGUUCUUCAUGUCUUUGGUUACACAGAUACCUUGGGGGAAAAACAGACCCUUGUGGUGGAUGUAGUUGCAAAUGGUGGUCAUACUUGGGUGAAAGCCAUUGGCCGGAAGGCUGAAGCUCUGCAUAACAUUUGGCUAGGCAGGGGCCAGUAUGGUGACAAAAGCGUCAUCGAGCAGGCUGAAGACUUUCUCCAGGCCAGUCACCAGCAGCCAGUGCAGUAUAGCAACCCUCACAUCAUCUUCGCAUUUUAUAACAGUGUCUCCAGCCCUAUGGCUGAGAAGCUGAAAGAAAUGGGCAUAUCUGUGAGAGGAGACAUAGUCGCAGUGAACUCUCUGUUAUGUCACCCUGAAGAGCUCCGACUGAGUGAGAGUGAAUCGGAUGAUGAGGGCCCUGAACUUUUGCAGGUGACCAGAGUAGACCGAGAGAAUAUACUAGCGAGUGUUGCGUUUCCAACAGAGAUUAAGGUCGAUGUGUGCAGAAGAGUAAACCUGGACAUUACUACUUUAAUCACGUAUGUAUCUGCCCUCAGCUACGGAGGCUGCCACUUUAUCUUCAAAGAAAAAGUGCUCACGGAACAAGCAGAGCAAGAGAGGAAAGAACAGGUUUUACCACAGUUGGAGGCAUUUAUGAAGGACAAGGAGUUGUUUGCUUGUGAAUCAGCUGUCAAGGAUUUUCAGUCUAUUCUAGAUACCUUAGGUGGACCUGGGGAGAGAGAGAGGGCCAUUAUGUUAAUUAAACAAAUUAACGUGGUGCCAGACCAGCCUUCCGAGCGUGCCUUGAGACUAGUGGCCAGUUCAAAAAUCAAUAGCCGAUCAUUAACGAUUUUUGGGACAGGAGAUACUCUAAAAGCUAUCACAAUGACUGCCAAUAGUGGUUUUGUCAGAGCUGCCAACAACCAGGGUGUUAAAUUUAGUGUGUUUAUCCAUCAGCCCAGAGCACUUACUGAGAGCAAAGAGGCUCUAGCCACCCCCUUAGCAAAAAACUACACAACUGAACACUAACGAUAGCCUUUAAAUAUUGUCAUGGAAGUGGGUUAUUUAUACCAAAGGCUGGGUCUUCCCAUCUAAAUUGGAAAAUAAAAAGGCCUUAGUAAAAAUAAUACUUAGAACUCUCAAACCCGUACAGUUGAUUGUGUGUCUCAUCUGUAAAUCGUAUAACUUAAAGUAGAAAAACUUGAGAGACUUUAUCAAACUAUCUAAAUUAUAGCAAUUACUUCUAUAUAAGGCUUUCGGAUGUAUGACAGUACUUUGAUUCAGUAGGGCUGCAGCCCUCUGCUGGUAAUCCUAUUUCGUGGAAUACGGCUAUACAGCAUCUUGCAUUAAAAAAGCUUGUUUUUCAUUAUAUUGGUUUAUCCAUUGAUGUGGAUUGCUGGGAGGUAAUAGUUUAUAAUUAACUUUAGAUUCUAGAGUUAUGGCCAUUAUUAAUGUAAAGAAACUUCCUGACACUUGCUAUAUGUUGGGCAGUCUGGUGGGUAUGUUUACAAAGAAUAUAUUAAUAUAGAAGAAAAGUGAAUACUUGUGAUUCAAGUCCCAUGAAUGCAUUGAUACACCUUUGUGAAAAGAGAGCCAGCAAUUGCACUACUGUAAACCUAGGAUGUUUAAGAUACUAAUUUGAAUAAAUUGAAAGCAAUUACCUGAAACACUAAAAGAAUUCAUAUUUUACUUCUAAGUACAAAAAGCCCCAUGUUGGAAGUAUUUGAAUUAUGAAUACUCCUUCUCUGUUCUUUUUGCAAGUGGCAGUUGACAAUUGCAUUACUUCCCUAUUGUGAAACGGUGGUAUGGGAGAUUCCAUGCCUGUUUUAAGACACAAGUUGUAGUUGAAAAUAAAUCUUUAUGUCCACAUUGCACUAGGUGUUUAUUAAUUUGCAACAAAGCAAAAUUAGCAAUGUAUAUAUUCACAUUUUAAAAAUUGGGAAAUUGAGUUUUAGAGCUUAAGUAUUAACAUACGCUAGGUGUAGGAGCCGGUGUUAGAGCUUUGAUCUUGGGUUGCUACAGCCUGACCUCCUACUGUGCCAACUCUUCUCUUUGGUGAGAAGACAAACUCAAUUUCCCAGUGUUGGGGAAGUGGAAUUUGAUCGUAGAAGUACACAAACACUGAAAUGAAAUGCAAAGUUAUAUGGGGUGUUUACCUUUGGAGAGAUUCUAUUACUAAGUCCACUUUACUCAGGGGGAAAGGCUGUGAUUGGGGUUCCAGUUUAGUGUAGAGAGGAAAAUUUAACUUGCAGUACAACUGAAAUUGUCUAGUGUUAGAAAUUGGAUUUAGGCCUUUUCAAGCAUCUGUUAAGGUACUAAUGUUCUUGGUACUGUCAAUAUUGAGCAGCAUUUUAACGGUUUGGUAUAAAAGAUGAAUAAUUGAUGUUUGCUCUAAGGAAUUCUUAAUCUGAAUUGGAGGUGAACAACUCCGGUAUGCACUAAAUUCUCUGUAAGAUUAUGCUUAUAAUACUACGGGGACACUAAGGGAGUAAUUUUUGAAAUGUGGUCAAGAAGUCAGUUACAUUUGAGAAUUGGUGUGAGAUUUUACAAGUGCACAGGGAGUGGGAUUGGAAAGAUAACAGAAGUGUGAGAAUGAGUGUGUUCAGAGGCCAGGCUUGUGGGGAUAGUUUAUAAAUCUUGAAAUGAAGCCAGAAGAGUAGAUGAAGUCUGUCUCUGAAGAGCUUGGUGUUAGAGAGCCACUGGCAAAUUUUCAAGAAAGGUUGGUUCAUGCAUGAUCAGAUCACUUUAAGGAAAAGAUCAAAAACCUGUAGUGUGGGGGAAGCAUUAAAGGAAGGAAAGUUGGGACUAUAGUGGCCUUGGCUGGAGCAGUAAUGAUGGAAUGUGAAGGUUUGGGUAUAUACUGGAUUUGCUCAAGGCAGAAUUGACAUGGUAUUUAUUUUAUAAACAUUUGUUGAAUGCUGUAAUGUGCUUUCAAGGAGUAGCUGGAAGAAGGAAGAUUUCCAUCUCCACCCACUGUGGAUGGAUCCCUAAGAGCUUGCUUCUUUGCAGACUAGAAUGUGUACAGCCAACACAAUCUUUAAGGAAGCUACAUUCUAAAGUGGCCACAGCUGUGGUAUCCUCAGUGACAAUUAUCUUUUUCCAGACAUUCGGGGAUUCCUAACAAUACAAUCAAUAAUGCAAGCAAGAGAUACGGACAAGUAGUGGGAUGCUGGGUCUUGGAAUGUGAAGUAAGACAGUGUCUUGUAUAGAAAUACACACACACAACUUACACAUAUAUCAAAAGAUCUGCUUCAGCUGACUACCAAGAUAAUUGACAAAGAUAAAUGAGAGUAAUAAAAAGAAAGAACUUACAGUUAAAAACUAUCAAGUUGAAGGACUCACAUAGUUACAAAGCAAAGCAAAUGUCCAAAAAAUUAUGAAAGUGAAGAUAUAUAAAAAUUACAAUAAUGACUAGAAAUUGGAAUGGUGGGGAAAAGAAAAGCAUUUUAAAAAAUCCUCAUCUUAAUUUAGAAGGGGAGUCAAUAAGUUUAUAAUUGUUGCCAUUGAAAAAUAGAGCAAUGUAGUUUUAGGUAUCAAAUAAGAAAUGGAACUAGUAUAAGUUAAACCAAACUGAAUCACUUUCAAAUGAGGGGCAAGAUGGAGAGUAGACACAGUCCAUAUAGGAAAAGAAGUCAAAGGAAUUCUCAAGAAAGCUUAAACACCAGAAAGCAUAAAACGAGAGACCUGUAAGGCCAAGAAGGAUAUAGAAUAGUUGUGGAGAAAAUUAUAAGGAAAUAUACUACAUUACUGUUUUUAUGCAUUUGGAAAUAUCAGUGAAAUAUGAGUGAGACUUGAAGAAAUAGAAAAACUAACCAGUAGUUAUCAAAAAAGUUGUCUUAAUGAGUUGUUAAUCACCUCCAAAAAUUGCAGGCCCAGUUAGCUUCAAUAGAUAAAUUUUUGCUUACUUUAAUAUUUCAAGUAAUCCCCUGGCUGUAAAUAGAAUGGAACAUGGUAGUAAGUGGGGUGGAAAUAUUUAGUGCAGUGACCUGCAGUGUUCCUUUUACCCCUGUUGCCCUGCCCCAAGAUGAGAACUUUGACAGGCUGCUGGUGAAGGACUGGAGCCCAGGUCUGUAACUUACUUUAUGUAAUAGUAGCCUGGUUGUCUCAGGUCGUUACUGUAUUGGGAAUGUUUUCAAAUUCAUCUUAUGGAAUAUAAACAUACUUCUGAUACUAAAGCUCAACAAGAUAACCUAAAACAGAAAGCUGCAGCAAUAUUUCAGCUGAAGAAUGUAUAUGCACCAACAUUCCAGAUAAAGUAGGUCCCAGGGAGAGAACACCUCACCUUGUGGGAAUCUUGUUCCUGAGUGGAUGAAAGGCUGAGAUGAGGCCCCAACUUUAAUAUUAGGGUCUUAGGGACUAAGUAAGCUCCAUGCUGGAAUAAAAUCAGAGGCAUAAGACCUGAGGUCAGAGGUCAUCCCAAGACUCCUGCAGGAAGCCAGACCCGUUGACAGGCUGCAGCCCCAAAAGAGACUCUUGUAAAUAUUUCCCAGGAGACAGCAAGGAUCCUAGUGGCUCCAAGAAGAAGAAAACAAGUCUGAGCGAAAUCAAGCCCAGCCUGUGCUCUGGUUUGAAUACAUGGCAUCAUUCUGGACUUGGGGACACUUCAGUUUCUCAAGCCUCACAGAGGCCAGCGGAAAAAUGAAGUUUUGCUUGGAUGAGCUUUCAGUGAGACAUUGUAAAAACAUUGUAAAAACCUUCCACCACCAGUGAGUCAGCAACCCAAAAAGUUCCUCAGUAUUGGGAUCUUUGAUGUGCUUUCCCAUGUAUAUUCUUUAAAGGGAAUAAUUCAAAGUGGCAGAUGGAGGCUAAAAUAUCAUCUGCAACAAAACAUUGCCUAUAGCUAAGUUGGAGGAUGUGUUUAAAUCUGCAGCAAAUGGGUUGAACCCCAGAAUUAGGUAGAUGCUACCCACCUGGUCAUAGGUAGUACUGGCCACGUGACAGGACAGCUUGUCUGCUCAGAGUUGCAGAGAGCACCUCACCCACGGGAAACUUGUUCCCAAGAGGAAAAGGGGCAGAGAUGAGCCGAGCAUCCCAGGUGGUCCCCUCCAAUUCAGCAAUCACGUAAAUGACUCUGUAUUCCCAGACGUGGAGAAGGGCCAGGAGUGUACUGGAGGGAAAGAACCCCCUGCCUCUGCUCUCAUGAAAACCAGAGGAGAAGAGGCACUUCCCUUUCUACAUAAAUAAAAAUGGUUAAAAAGGAAAGAAUACAGGCAAAUAGGACUUCUAGGAAUAGAAAAACUCUCCCUAAAAGUGAAAGCUCAGAAACAAGUAAGUUUUUAUGGAUGGAAAUGACAGAAAAUCCACGAGACUGAGACAUGGAGGAUGAGUAGGAGGGUCAACAAGAGUACAGCAAACUGGGCUGGCCCUCUGGGGGCUGGGAACACUCGAGGCCUCACUCUCCCCAUCUUGCAUUUUCCCCGAAGUGCUCAAAUUCCUUGCUGAUGAUACCUGAGUGGAAGUCUGUUAGUGCCGUCUCCUCCCCCACCUUUUUCCUGGCUUAAUGUGGGUGAUAGCAAGGCUUGAUAGCUAAUGAGCAUAAGAGCAGUGGUAGAAUUGGGGAACUCACCAUUUUUUCAUUCUGAAGGAAAUAAUGCUAUGAGCAUGAGAGAAAGGCCAAGGGAAUCUUGCACAUGUUGGCGCCGACUCCCUUGCUUGACCCCGGACUUCUUGCUGUGUAAAACAAUAAAACCCCUAUUUAUUUAA